GUACGUAGAUCUAAGCUGACAGGCCAAUGUGAGAGCCUACCAAAGUCCUGGGGAAAAGACGAAAUAAUGGAAAGUGGAUAUGACUUUGCGAAGAAGAUCUUCGUGCAGGAAAACUUUCAGCCACCGCGUGAAGUUGAGGACGCCAAACCCAUGUACUGGAAGAUUCCUGGAGCAUUGAAAACCGGUGCAAAAUUGGACGUGUUCAUGACGCUCCUGUCUGAAUUUCAAGGUCCAUCUCUUUGCCUGACUAGCUUGCAGGAAGAAGAAGAAGGCGCAAUUUUAAAUCGAGGUCACUACUUCAAUUUAAACUUCCUUGUUAAACGCAUUCAGGUUUACGAAGGUGUCGACGGAUCAUCUAAGGGCGAUAAAUACAUCGAAAAUUGGUCUGUAAAAGCCGGUUCAAAGCUGGAGGUUAAGAUGUCCUGGCUUGCUCAGAAAGACUCAGUUGCGGUAUAUGCUAACGACGUAGAGUUGCUUACGUAUCGGCUCAAUGUUAGUCUUGACGCAAUGAAGCAGAUCUGUAUAUAUGAAGUAAAUAGACCGGACACACGUUUAACAGCCACUGUCGACCGCAUCCAGUUCACUGCAUAGUACACAAUGCCCGCAUAUAAUCGGACAAUGUUUACAACAAAGUACAGAUUGGAUGUCGAUAUAUUAAAUUUCUGCCGUGUAUUAGUUUGAUAUUCUGUCGCCUUUAUCUAUUUACUUCACCCGAGUUCAAUGUGCUUAGGGUUAGCUAUUUUGAUCACUCCCAAUCCGUCUUCUGUCCGUCCGUCAUUUUCUGUAAAUCCUUUCUCCUAUUUUACAUUAUGGACUUUAAUAAAUCAUUAUUAUUAUAAUUAUACCAGAUUUAAAUUACACUUAAAAGAUGUAAGUUUCUUAAAGAAUUCUUUAUUAUAGUUGUUCAAUAAGAUCGAAGCCAUGCAAAACCCUUCGUUUAUAGCACAGCUUACAGUAAAAAGAAUAACUCGUGUUUGAAAAUGCGGGCCCGAUUUUAAGAGGACUCUCCAUAAAUAAUGAUUCUUGCGUGUAUAUAGCAGAAACUUUAUAUUCUUGUCAGAAACAGAUGGCCAAUUUUAAAAUGAUUUCAAACAAUGACUUUUUUGGUAACACUUUACCACAUUAUUCAAAUUAUCUGCUUGUUAAUUAUUAAAGUAUCUUUUUCCCCCGAAA